GCAGUGCAGUGACCGACACAGCCUGAGCAUUUUGGGCCGAGGGAGGGCGUUUUAAGGUCAGCAACAGAGUUAAGUUUAAAAGGGGGCAUCGGCGGCGGGAUGCCCUUGCUGAAUGUUGGAUUCCGGGCAGCAUGGAGAACUCUCUCUCCUGCUUGCUACACCACCCUGGCCGCUUUGGCUGAGUCCCGGGGCGACAGCGCUCUGCUUCUGAAAUCCACGUCCACAGAUAUUUACGAGAACCUGGCGCUGGAGGACUGGUUACACGAGUACGUGCAGUCCCGGGAAAGGCAUGUGCUGCUGCUCUGGAGGAAUUGCCCCACAGUGGUCAUCGGUCGCCACCAGAACCCCUGGCAGGAAUGUAAUCUCAAACUCAUGAGAGACCAAGGCAUUCAACUGAGCCGGAGGAGGAGCGGGGGAGGAACCGUCUAUCACGACCUGGGAAACAUCAACCUGACCUUCUUCACCUCCAAGAAGAAGUACGAUAGGCGCGGCAACUUGGAAUUGGUUAUCUCUGCUCUGAAGAGGAUUCGACCCCAGCUGAAUGUGUUAGCCACGGACAGGUACGACCUGCUGCUCAACGGAGUCUUCAAAAUCUCGGGCACUGCCUCGAAGAUUGGAAGGACAUCUGCUUACCACCAUUGCACCUUGCUGUGCAACUCUAACAGGCAUCUUUUGUCCUCUGUUCUCCAUUCUCCACACCAAGGUCUAAAAACCAACGCCACCCCCAGUAUACCUGCCACUGUGAAAAAUCUGUGUGAUGAGGAUCCCACUCUUACUUGUGAUCUAUUGAUGGAUGCCAUUGCAAUGGAGUACGCAAGGCGGCAUAGCUGUCAAAGCAAAAUUGUGCUUGUGGACCCUAAAGACAAUUUGUUGCUACCAGGGAUUGCCAAAUUUACCCAGGAGCUUAAAAGCUGGGAUUGGAUCUAUGGAAGAACGCCAAAGUUCAGUAUCAGCCAUUAUUUCUCUGUGGACCAUAAUUUACCUGGGGCAGAAGUUGAAUUGAACAUGAGCAUUACUCAUGGCAGAAUUGAAAGCUGCAAUAUUAAAUUGUUUUCUGAUUGGCUACCAUCCAUGAUGUGUAACCAAUUAGCUUCAGACCUCAUUGGCAACAAGUUUUGCCCAACUGAAACAUUGAUUUUGGCGAGUGCUUAUUUAAGGGUUUGUUCCCAAGACAAUGAGCUGUCUACCAAAUGGAAUGCACUAUGUGAACAAGUUAUGGCAAUUAUGUAAUUUUUGCUCUUUUUUUAAUAUCAGCUCCCCACAUGCAAACUUGAAUUUAGCAUUCUAAACCUACCAGGUGGUAACUCUGUCAAGCAAAAAUAUCUGUUUCUGAUUUAUGCAACUUUUAUCAAAGAUGACAUUUACAAAAACACGUUUUUUCUUGUAAUCUAUGGUGCUAAGAUAGUAAAGAAUGCACAAAAAAGGUUCAGGCAAUAUGAAAUUAUUUUAUUUAAGAAAUAUUGAAAUAAAAUGGUCUGUGGUGAUGGACUUGUCAAAAAAUCUAUUGAUCGGAAUAUACAGAUAUAUAAAUUGAUAUUCAUCAAUUUAUAGUUCCACAUUUGUGAAUAAAAUACUAACAAUACAGUCUGCAAAAUGUAAUUUAUUUUUGUUGGAGCUGAAAUCCUUAAUAGUUGGAAGGUAGAUUGUUGUGGUUCAAGAAUGGAGCUCACUGCCACUUUCUAGAGAAGACUUAGGGAUGGCUAAUAAAUGCCAGUGACAUCUAUAUACCAUGAACAGAUUUAAUGGGGAAGUGUGCUAGUAGACUAACUGGAUUAUUAAUCCAGAGACCCAGACUAAUGUUCUGAAGACAUGACUACAA